AUGCCCUCCAGCCUCAAAACAUCUCUUUUCUGUAUUCUGCUCUUCGCACUAGUGACAACCUCUGCAGCUGAACAGCAGCUGGUUGAUCAGGAGGCACCGAAGGUUGGGGAGGGCCGGGGGCAAAUCCGCGAGGCUCCCCCACUAUCCGCAGAAUUCCAAAAUGUAAAACAGCAUCCAAAUAAUAAUAAGCCAACAAUCAAAGGGGCGGAUGCAAAAGAAACACGUGAACAGCCGCCGACUCAGUUUUCCGAACAGGAAGCAACAGAUGCAGCUCCACAGUCCGGAGAAGUAGCACUAGAGCGCUUAUGGGACGUAAAUAGCACAGUGAGCCUCCCAGUAAGAGGCAGCGUUGACUUUGUUCGCAACAUCGAGCCCGUAAUCGCGGCAGGAGAAACGUUUGGCGCAAGCCUGAGAGUAAAUGACAAUGACGGCAAUCUGCUUACCUCCUUCAAUGACGCAUUGUACUUUAGUGUUUUUACCCUCGAAAACCAUGAAGGCUCAGAGCUUCUAGAGCCAGCAGACGCUUCAGUAUUUACUGGCAGCACCUUCGUCAUGGCCCAAGAAGGUUCGGCGUCCGUGAGCAACUGGCGCAUCUUGAAGACAGGGCUUUAUAAGGUAAAAGCCACAUGCGACAGCUGCCUGUCUGCUGUCUCACGGCCAGUGCGUGUUGUUUGUGGAGAGCCCUUCUCCCUCCGCCUUAUACAGCAGCCAGGCAACAGCCACAGUGGAGCACCGCUAAGCGUAAACCCUGUCGUCGAGGCUACAGAUAUAUUUGGCAACGUUAUCGUGGACCUGGCUGGACAUGUACACGUGAACUUGCUCCCAGGCUCGGUAGAUGAGCCAUCGGUAAUGGGGGUAUUGACGCGUCCUUUCAACGACGGUCGUGCGGCAUUUCCAAAUUUGGUAAUUGCGGCAGCUGGAGUUGGUCAUCAGUUGAAAUUUGUCCUCCUUUCUCCGACAACGGGGAGCCCCAUCGAGGUGGUUAGUGAGCCCUUCAAAGUGGAAGCAUCAGAGCCUGCAGAACUUGUAUUCCUACAGCAUCCCCCCGCAGAUGUCGGUGCCGGUGCGGCAUUCUCAGUAACAGUACAGCUCGUCGACGCCCAUGGCAACGCAGUUCCUGAAAGGCACACCAUCAGAUUAAGCCUAUGGGAAAGUAAUUCUUUGGCAUCGGCAAUCCUAGGCACAACUGCAGCCGUAUCAGAUAUAAGUUCGGGCAUUGCGGUCUUUGAAGAUAUCGCCUUCUUGAGUUCCGAAGCCCCUUUGCUUCUCCAGGCUGAAUGCACCACUUGCACAACAAGGGUGACAGGCUCUUCGCAUAGCAGCGUAUGGAACACGUCUUUGGUCAUCACCACAGCAUGCAAUUUGUUAGUAGAGGGCAGCAACGAAGGAGAUGACGAGUGCUCCGUGACGGUAUCUCUUGAAACCCUUGUUCAACGAUGGCCAACCGCCCCAGUUACUGUGAAGGUAUCCCAUAUCGAAUCCAUAGCAAUGCACAGCGCUGGACGGACACCAGCUCUCACCAUUGAACCUGAAACACUGCAUUUCAGUCCUACCGACGGCCCAAGCAAUCAGAAAAUUCUAAUCAAGCGUAUGAACUGUUCCUGGCCUCCUUCGCAAUUUGUGUCCUGCGCUAAGGCAGUUGAUGACGCUCUUUUGCAAUACAGCGCAGAUGUCUCCGACGCUGAGUCGAGAUUGUUUAUCCAGCACUACCGCGUGCACCUGCAAGCGAAAUCCGAGGAUCCGUUGUGGGAUGCCGGUGCGAUUGAGUGGGUUGACGAGCCAUUCAUUACAGUAAAAGUCCUAGACAAUGACAGAAAGCUACUGCACUUCUUGUUUGAAGAGGAACCAAUGCUGCUCCGGCGUGGGGACGUGGUUUUCUACGAUGUGUCUCUGGGUUUUUCACCAAUCAAGGGGCCCAUUGACGUUACCCUGGAGGCCCCUGUCGGCAUUACUGCAGAGCCGUUGACAAUGGAAUUUGAUUCAGAGAAUUGGAACAUUGCUCAGCGCGUGCGGGUUGGUGUCAACAGCACGUUUCCUGCUGCCCCCAUUGUGACAAAUACACACACCACGCUAGCAGGCGCGCCAGAUAGCACAACAAAUACUUCAUGGAAAUGGCCAAAAUACAACAGAUGCUGUUCUAAAUCACAGAUGGCGCCGGGGUCGCCCUCGUUAGGAGUUGUUCCCAGCAAGUUCGUGAUAACGCAUAUUCUUCGGGGACACUCGGUCCUUUCCAGAGCCUCUGAAAAGGAGGAACUGAUUUUCUUCGUGGGCGAGGAUGCAGUCGGCAGGGUCCUGUGGGAUGACACAACUAGGGCUGUUUUGGCAGGGGAUUCACUGGCGCUUCCAUUCAGUCUCUCAAUACAGCCAAUUGAAUCGGUAUCAGUCACACUCAACUGCGGGCCUCUCUUGGAACCCCUCAUCAGCAACAGCUUUACACUGACUCCGCUUCAAUGGAGAAAAGGAGCAGUCUUCCGUCUAAAGGCGAAAGAUGAUGGGGAAGCGGGAAAGCAAACUAGUCUGGAGACUUGUGAAGUAAUUACCGAGUCUGGAGACAACCGCUUUACCUCCAAUUCGGGCACUAACCACGCAUCCCAAGAAGUCGGAGAUUACGGGUUAGCUAUUUUGAUUUUCAAGCAGCACUGUGCAGAUGGUACGUACAGAGCACAGUGUCCCUGCUACUCCGGCCAGCAAUGCAAGCUGUCUCGCUACUCCCACUGCCCUGCCGGAACCUACAGGUACGUCUUGCCUGUGGAAUUUGCUUCAGGCUCGCCUUGCGCAGCGCGGCAAUCUACAGCUUGCCCAGCAGGCCACUAUGCUGCAAGUGGUGCAUGCAUUGUUUGCCCCGAAGGCUUUUUUUGCCCAGUGCACGGUCUUGCGGAGCCGCAACCGUGCCCUACAGGAACCUACAGCUUCCAAGGCUCUGUAUCCUGUAUUCGGUGCCCUCAAGGAAGUUUUUGUCCCACAUCCAAGCUUUCAGACAUGAGUGGAAUGUCAAUCUGUGAGCCUUGUCCGCGAAACUUUGCUUGCCCAACCCCGCUGGAACAGCUCGCUUGUGAGAAGCCAACCCAAUUCGCGCCCCCAGGGCAGCAGAUAUGCAAGCCGUGUCCGAGAGGUAACGGAGAAACCUUUUGUCCAGUGUAAGCGACCUUGUUUCUUCAAAGCAGCGUCGCAUUGUGCCUUCCUAUGCCAGACUUUAGCUGCGAGGGCGACGAACCUCAAGCGUGUAAGCCUGGGUUUACUGCACUAGAAGGAGAGGGCGUAUGCUCGAAGGCCCAUUUAAACGAUGCUGCAACCGUCCACGAUUUGCAACUCCGCGAAAACAUCCGCUCACGAGCGGAGCCAGAAUGCCCCCCAGGUCGUUACUACCAAGGAACAGGCUGUUUUCCGUAUGGACCCCUAGGAUACUGUGCAAGCGGAAAGUGUCUCACUUGUUCCAGGGGCUAUAUCUGCCCUCCGGGAGCUUCAGCACCACUUUUGCUAGAUGAGGUCCAAGAAGCUAUUCCGUGUCCGCGCGGUGCAAUUUGCCCUCCCGGAUCAUCCGCAUGGCAAGUGUGCGCUCAUGGCGAGAUUUGCCAAGGAUGGGGAGCCGGCAAAAUUACCUGUCCUCCAGGAACGGUGUUGUCAGCGGAUACCGACUUCAGUGCGCAUUCUGGGGCUUCAACCCUCCUCCCUGGGCUCGUAUUACGCACUUUGUUCCAGUCAUUCGGUGGGAGGCCAUUUGCUUGUGCAUGUUACAAGGAUUUGGCACAACUGUUUUUGGUAUAUUUUGACUAUUCUACAAACGUACACCAUUAA